AUGUCUGUCCAACGCCCUUCGGCUCCGGCGCAAUCAACACGACGAUACGAAGCGGAGAAAGUGCGGCGCACGGAACACCAUGAAGCGGAUGUCGUGGUCGUCGGCGCUGGCAUCUUUGGCUGUGCGAUCGCAUGGUCGUUAGGCAAUCAGGGAAGAAGCGUUAUACUCCUGGAGAAGUCAUUGAAGGAACCGGAUCGAAUCGUCGGCGAACUGCUACAGCCAGGAGGCGUGCAAGCACUAGAAAAGCUAGGACUGCGCGAUUGUUUGGAGGAAAUCGAUGCGAUCAAGGUGUUUGGAUAUGAUGUGAUUUACCAUGGAGAGGAAGUACGGAUUCCAUAUCCUGCGGACGCGAGUGCGGAGGUGUCAGACGAGAAGAGCCGGACAGACGAGAUGCGCGGAAUGAAGAGAAAGAGGCCAGAGGGACGAUCCUUUCACCAUGGACGAUUCAUCCGCCGACUACGAGAAAAGGCCAUGUCGAAUCCCAAUGUCACAGUCAUUGAAGCGACCGCGACAGACCUCAUCCGAAGCGACUACUCCGGCCAAGUCCUGGGCGUGGAAGCGACCGUUUCUGGCGAGCAAGACUCCUUCUUCGGCGGCCUCACCCUCAUUGCGGACGGCUACGCCAGCAAAUUCCGCAAACAGUUCCGCACCGAUGCGCCUGUCGCCAAAUCAAAGUUCUGGGCGCUUGAACUGAUCGAUGCCGACCUCCCAAUGCCUCAUCACGGUCAUGUCAUCCUCUCUGAUAGCGCUCCAAUCCUCCUCUACCAGAUCGGCACCCACGAGACCCGCGCACUCAUCGACAUCCCAGAGAACACACCCUCCGCGUCCCUCGCAGCAGGCGGCGUAAAAGCCCAUCUUAAAAAUGUCGUCCUCCCAGCUCUCCCAGCCGCCGUGCGUCCUGCCUUCGAAACCGCACUAUCGAAAGAUCGCCUCCGCUCGAUGCCCAAUUCUUGGCUCCCACCGACAACGAACAUCACCCCAGGCCUCCUCAUUCUCGGCGACGCAAUGAACAUGCGUCACCCUCUCACCGGCGGCGGCAUGACAGUCGCCUUCACCGACGUAGUCCUGCUCUCCGAACUGCUCCAUCCCUCAAAGGUACCUUCCUUGGAAGAUACCACCCUCGUCCUCUCCACCAUGCGCACUUUCCACUGGCAACGCAAGAACUUGACGUCGGUCAUCAACAUCCUCGCUCAAGCGCUCUACUCGCUCUUCGCAGCCGAAGACUCCCAGCUCAAAGCACUGCAGAUGGGAUGUUUCCAGUACUUCAAGCUGGGAGGCAACUGCGUGGAUGGACCGGUGGGUCUACUGGCGGGCAUCAUCCGCAGGCCGUUUGUGUUGUUCUACCACUUCUUUGCGGUCGCGCUGUAUUCGAUUUGGCUAUACAUUACGAGUGGUGGCUUGGGCAAGGCGCCAUUGAGGGCUGUGGGAAGUGUCGGAGUUUUCUGGAAGGCUUGUGUGGUUAUCUUUCCGUACAUCUUUGCGGAGUUGAGGACGUGA